CUAUGGAAGGGAUGUGAGUUUGCCUAGCCACAGCUAACGGUGAUGAGUGAGUGUGUGUGGGGGGCGGAGAAUAUAAGAGGGGAUACGGAGGACAGUCGGCAGACCUGUGCAUCAAUAGCAUACACACCCACACUCACACUCACACACACACAGCAUGAGUUCAGGCAGGAGCACGCGCUGCUGGAUUUAAAAGCAUAAGUUUGCCUAACAUGCCAAGCCUACUCCACGAACCCCUGACACCACUGUAUACUAUGGAGAGGGACGAUUCCAAGCGAAACAGGAACAUUGGAAAGACCUUCAUGUGUCGGCUGCAGUGCAUGUUCUCACACUCCUCAUCGACCCCGGAGACGAGGCUAACUUUAGAAGACACCCAACAAUGGGCCCAGUCUCUAGAGCGACUUCUGGAAUCGAAAUACGGCCUGGCGACAUUCCGCACCUACCUGAGGUCAGAGUUCAGCGAUGAGAAUAUUGAGUUCUGGCUGACAUGUGAAGAGUACAAGAAGAUGAAAUCCUCCUUCAGGAUGUCCUCCAGGGCCAAGAAGAUCUACGAGCAGUUUGUCAAGGCAGAGUCCCCGAAAGAGAUAAAUAUUGACUACCAGACGAGAGAGCAGAUUAAGAGGAAUGUGAAGAACCCGACGUUGAACAGCUUCGACGAGGCUCAGAGGAUCGUGUACGGCCUGAUGGAGAGAGACUCGUACCCGCGCUUCAUACGCUCCGACAUGUACCGCACCCUACUGGAAAACCUCGCAGCAGACUCCACGCAGCACGACAGCUAAACAUCCCCCGAUAGCCUACACGUAACCCACCUCCUCUCUCUUCCUCUCCUCUCAUACCCUGCUAGAAAACAACAACAAACCGAGACGUCAGCAAAGUGAACUGGACAGCUGUUGGGUUUCUAAGAAUUCCAGAACUCUGCUGAUGCUGACAGAACACAACAGAACAGACAGGACGACACUUUGCAAGAUGGAUGACGCAGGCCGCUAGCCAUCACUACUGCCAUGAUGAAGCCUCCCUCCCUUACCUCCGCAUCUCCACUGCCACUUGCUAUGGACCACAAAGACAUGACUUGGGGAGAGCGUUUUGACACUGGAAGUGCUGGUUCUUAGGGUUCGGUGGGA